GUUUAGGGAAAAAAUGUGUGUUGAAACCCGCCUAAAUGGCCCUUUACCCAGCGCGAUCUUUUUAAAAGUCACACGCACGCAUUUUUAUGCCCCCGUUGCUACUCUUACUUGGCGACCCUUUUUAUCAGUCUCGGUAUUAGUUUCUAAAGAUACCACCCCACACCAUGUUAAACGUGUUUCAAGAGAGACACCUACCCACUGCUGCUUAUCCACUUCGAGGUUUUGCCCAUUUCCUUCAUCAUCCUCAACGCCAUGCAGGACCCAUAGGUUUAUCUAUUCUCAAAGUAUUCGGAACAAGCGCUCUUGCUAUCAUUCCCCUUUACAAGUAUGGUUAUGAUAUCCAACGAGAUGUGAUAUCCAUACUGUACAGAGGAUUGAUUACCGACUCCCCUCAUAUAUCCUCGAUUUUAGUAGCAGUAACGAGUUCAAUCUUGUUCUUUCUGGAAACAUCAGCCAUCACUUUACAACUCGGUAGUCACUUCGUUGGAUCUGUGCGAGAGCGCCUGUUUGACUCGGUCUUGAAAGAGCGAAAAGGUAUGCCAGGUGAUAACAAAGUUCAGGUCUCUGAACAAGUAGGUGGAUCCGGUGUAACCUUGAAUCAGCAUCAUUUUCUUUCUCCCAUGAAUCUAAUGAUUCUUAGUGCUGAAGUGGAUGAAUCCUGGAGUAUCUAUCUUUUGAAACCUGCCAUUUUUGUGAUGACAUUACCUUUAAACCUUGUGCCUGUUCUGGGACCAUUAUGCUUCAUCUCAAUCCAAGCAUUGUUCACAGGAGGUUCAGCACAUCGGAGAUACUUUCAGCUUUAUAAUUGGUCACCUGCGCAACGUCAAAGAAGAGUCGAAACAUAUUUUUGGCAGUAUGAGCGGUUUGGUAUUGUUUCGUCUGCUUUAGAGAUGAUUCCCUUUGUCGGCUAUGUGUUUAUGUACACAAAUCAGAUAGGAGCGGCUUUGUGGGCAAUGGAUCUGCACGAUGCAAAGUUACUCAAACCUCUUUCCAAGAAAGAAAUUUAGCAGACGCUAAAAAGCAAUUUUACAAUUUAACAGAAAAUUUCAAUAAAUUUAUUUGCUACAACCAGCUCUUUAUGAAACUAUGCACAAGAUUGCAAGUUGUAUGACUAGUCAAUAUCAAUUAUUAGAAUGCGCGCAUCAAAUGAAAUGACAAGAACGAGCUGUUGCACACAAUAUAAACACUGCAAGAAACUUCCCCGCAAACAAAACAUUGAAAACCAGUAGUACUUUAUAUCUACGUAUUAAUUCUUUCAACAGGCGUCCCAUCUAUAAGAGAC